AUGAUUUAUGACUUGCCUAGGAGGACGGAUACCGGCGAGGGCGAGUGGAAAAGGCAGAUCAUGUUGACAGAGGCAGAGAUGUCAACAUGCAUGUCGGAAAUAGAAUAUCAGAUGCGGCGUGGUGAGGUCGAAAUCGAAAAAUGGCUGUCUUCGUUCCAGCGUUGGAAAAUGCGGUUCACCAAUUUGGCGCCCCUUCCAGCUGACGUCGAUAUUCCUCAACUAUUUCUAGACAAAUACCUAGACAAAUGCCCCGAUAACAGCAAGGCAACCAUAUCCUCGAGCAAGUUCCACAAGGUGUUUAGAAAGUGGUGCAGAGAGGCGAUCGGUUUCGAAGGGCCGACGAAAUGCGAGUGUUGCGAGAUCUUUGGCAAAGGACAUCCUAAGAGUGAUGUCUAUCGCACACCAUUGAAUCCGAAAUAA